CCUUCUGUUUGGUGGCAUUUACAUUUUUUUCCAUACUCCUGCCUGGUUUCAUUUACUCAUUUAUCUCAUUUCCUAAUUGAAUUUUUUUGGCUGAUUGUUCUUGCCAGUUUUUAACCAUCCUACUUAUAAUCAAUUUCCACUUUUAAUUACAUUGGUAACUUGAUUAAUCUAAUUCUUUAGUAGCAACAUGCCGAAAAAUAAGGGAAAGGGAGGAAAAAAUCGUCGUCGAGGAAAGAAUGAAAAUGAGACUGAAAAAAGAGAAUUAGUAUUCAAGGAGGAUGGACAAGAAUAUGCUCAAGUUGUUAAAAUGCUUGGUAAUGGUAGACUUGAGGCGUUUUGUUUUGAUGGGGUCAAACGUCUUUGUCAUAUUCGAGGGAAACUGCGGAAAAAAGUGUGGAUUAAUCAAGGAGAUAUCAUCUUAGUCGGUCUACGUGAUUACCAAGACUCUAAAGCUGAUGUUAUACUUAAAUACAAUCACGAUGAAGCUCGUAACCUUAAAGCAUAUGGUGAACUUCCUGAAAAUGCUAAAAUCAAUGAAAAUGUAUAUGGUGAAGAAGAAGAAGAUGACAACAUUGAAUUCGGUGAUGUCAGUGACGAUGGAAGCAGUGCCAGCGAUGCUGAAGAAGCUGCAAUUGAAGCUAUAUGAUUCAAAAUCCUUUAUUAGAUCCAUCUUAAAUAAAGUUUUUCUCUUAUUAUAUUUCUCUUAAGAAUCUGAAAUUGUAAGGAAUAAUCAACCAAUCAUCGACUCUCCAUUUUUCUCAAACUUGUUCUAAAUCACUCAGUGAUCGAACAAACAUUUCUACUCAGUUUUCUUGAAUCCUUGAUAAAAUGCUUUGCAUUUUCUGUCUUUCUAACUGUGUUUCAGUUUAAUUUUCCAACAGUUGACUUAUUCCAAUUUUUUGUAAAUUUCUUUUGUUUAAUUUCAUAAUCACAAUUAUCCAAGAGAUGAAAUGCUUCAAGUUGAUGUCAACUGAGCAAAUGUUAUGACAAAAGAGCAAUACGGAACAAGAAAUUGUGUAAAUGAAAUAAAAGGAUAGCAUAAAA